ACAUUCGUUCGGCCUAGGCGAGAACAACUUAUUUAUAAAACAUCAGGAGCAUGCGCGAUGACCUCCUAUAAACAAGAAAAUCAUUAAAUAGUUGAUAAACAUACAUGUUCGUGAUAAGCGUUGGUUAAGAUAUCGAUUAUGUCGGAAAAGCAAGGUUUUAACCAGGGACCGCCACCUUAUGAGCAUGCGGCCGGCGGAUACCCACCUGGCGGCUACCAACCAGUUCAACAGUCGGAAAAACCUUAUCCCGGACAGACUCCGUACGGCCAACCAGGACAACCGCCGUACGGUCAACCUGGACAGCCACCAUACGGUCAAUCCGGACAGCCACCAUACGUCCAACCUGGGCAACCUCCCUAUGGUCAACCCGGACAACCUCCCUAUGGUCAACCUCCUUAUGGUCAACCCGGACAGCCAUACACUACACAACAAGUAGUAAGUUUUACUGUGCAGUAGCAGACCUAAGUUAUU